AUGGCAAUACACGACGCAUUUUCGAGGCUAAGCUUCACUCCAGCUGAGCGGAAGGAGGACCAAGAUGUGAAGCUGGCUACGAAGUGCGCUCAGCCAGUCAGCUCAUCACCGCAAAAAGAUGAAGAGCCAUUAAAACCUGCAAAACCGAGAGAAAAGUCAAAAUGGGCUCUUCAGCCCCGCGCCGGCUUGGACGAACGGAAGGUGAAUCAACUACUCGAAAAGGCGCUGACUUUCAAGUACCCCAACAAUGAGCAAGGCCAUCGUGUCCCAGCGCAUGAAAAGCAGAAG